AAUGCAGAGGUCAAGGCUGAGAAUGCAAAGUUAAGGUGCGCUUUAGAAGAACAUGAAGCUAGGUUCACAAGACUAGAGCAGAGAGAUAAAGAAAAGACAAACCUUAUUGCCAAAAUGGAUGAUAAUAUCAAGGAAAUCAAACAAUCAUCGGCCAUUACCAGCUCUGUCGAGAAUCCCAACAAUGUUGUUCGCCUAGGUAAACUAGAAAAGAUGGCAAAGCCAUCAAAUACAUCUGAUAGUACAUUUAAUUCUAAUGCAUGCAAAUCUAUUC